GAACUAUAUUAUUCCUAUUUCAAGACUAUUGUGGAAGCACCCUCAUUUUUGAAUGGAGUAUGGAUGAUUAUGAAUGAUAAACUGACUGAAUACCCCCUUGUUAUUAAUACAUUAAAAAGAUUCAAUCUUUACCCUGAGGUAAUUUUAGCCAGCUGGUACUGGAUUUAUACCAAAAUAAUGGACUUGAUUGGUAUUCAAACCAAGAUAUGUUGGACAGUUACCAGAGGAGAAGGACUCAGUCCUAUUGAAAGCUGUGAAGGCUUGGGAGAUUCUGCUUGCUUUUAUGUUGCUGUAAUUUUUAUUUUAAAUGGACUAAUGAUGGCAUUAUUCUUCAUAUAUGGCACAUAUUUAAG